GUUCACUGAUUGGUGUAGCUCACAUCAAUCAAGCUUUGCAGCAAGGUUGGUUGAACGCCAGCUGGUUGUUGAUGUUCUAUCAAAAGUCGUCAGUCACUGGUGGAGAGGAGUCGCAGUAAUCAGACCAGAGAGAACUACUCAAGAUACCAGAUCAGGCCACCACCAUGCAGUUUCUAAGGGGAGUCAUGGAGACUGUGUCCGCCGUCUCCAACCUCUUCUCCAACCCCUACCGCGUCAGGGAAGUACCACUGUCAGACUACAGCGGAGGGGGGAAAGUCAAGCUGAAGGAGGAGGGACGUAUGGUGCUGUACAAGAACACCCCUUGUCAGAGUUGGGACUGCCUGCUCAAGUGCCCUGAUACGCCCACAGUCGCCUUGAGGUUGUUUCAGGUCAACUCCGAGGAGGAUGCCAUGAACUGGUUCCCCCAGUACGCCCUCAAGCUUCGUCCCUUCUACGAGACCCUCCCCCUCCCCAAGCCAGAGGCAGUCCAGCCAAUAGUAGACUGCCUCCGUAGUCACGCUGACUGGAGCUCAGCCCACAUCGCCGUGGAUACGGGCCUGAGGGAAUGCCUGAAGCACAACCACGUCCAGAGCCAGAUCAACGCCAGGGACGGUGCUGGUCAGACCCCAUUACACCUGGCGUGUGAGCGGGGGGAAGUGGCGUGUGUCAGAGAGCUGCUGGAGGAGUGCCAGGCUCGCACCGACGUCAAAGACAAGAACGGGGAGACGCCAAUGCAUUGUGCCGCCAAGCAGGACUCUGCUACUAUUAUACAGGCGCUGUGCAGUAGGAUGUGUGCGGGGGUGAAUGAGCUGAACGGGGCGGGGGAGACGCCCCUCCAUGUUUCUUGUCGCCUUGGGAGGGUAGAGGCCGUGAACGCACUCCUGGGGGGAGGAGCCCGCUGUGACAUCAUCGGGAGCAGUGGCUACCCAAUCCACGCCGCCAUGAAGUACAGUGAGAAGAGUUGUGCUGAGGCUGUCCUGGAUGCAGACCCAGGUCAGCUACAGGUAGAAGAUGCCGUCUAUGGAGGAACCCCCCUACACUGGUGCAAGACUGCAGAGAUGUGUCGUACGCUGCUGGAACGAGGUUGCUUGGUGAACUACCUCAGUAAGACAGGGGAGAGUGCACUGCAUGUCCUGACCAAGAGGGGGCGCUUCGAUGCUUCCAUGGUGCUGCUCACACACGGGGGGGAACCCAACCUCAAGGGUCAGGAUGGGAACACAGCCCUGCAUCUGGCUAUGAAGAUGGACCACAUGGAACUGAUCAAGGCUCUGAUCGUGUUUGGAGCCGACGUGGAGAUACACAAUGACCUGGGAGAGACUCCCGGGUUGAUAGCAGCACGCACUAGUAAAGGCUCCAACAGAAAGGUGCUACUGGACAUGCUGUGUAGUGUAGGGGUACAGCGGUGCGCCCCACCCUCCUCCCCCCUCAACUCCCAUCCUCCCCCCAAGAAGGUUGCUUCGUCACCAGGCAUAGGGUUCGAGGACAUCAUGCACGUUGCGGCGGCGGUGGGUGCGAUGAGUCGCGUCCGGGAGGAAGUGGACGGGUUCAAAACAGGAAGCAGGAAGAUAGACCGACUGCUGUGUCUGGAUGGAGGGGGCAUUAAAGGCUUGGUUCUGAUCCAGUUGUUAAUCUCCCUGGAGAAAGAGGCAGGCAGGCCCAUCAAGGAACUCUUUGACUGGGUUUCUGGGACCAGCACAGGGGGCAUACUGGCCCUGGCUAUCGUCCAUGGUAAGGAUAUGGAGUAUCUGCGAUGCCUCUACUUCCGUAUGAAGGAGCAGGUGUUCAAGGGGUCGCGACCCUACGAGUCGGCCCCUCUGGAGGACUUCCUGAAGAAAGAGUUCGGCGAGAACACCAUGAUGACAGACGUACGGCACCCCAGGGUGAUGGUAACCAGUGUGCUGGCAGACAGACAUCCAGGAGAGCUCCAUCUCUUUAGGAACUAUGACCCCCCCUCCCUGCCCAGAGAACGCCCCUACGCUGGCACAGCCACCUUCCUUCCCCUCACCAUACCACAAGGAUGGGAGGAUGAGGAUGUGUUGAUAGUUGGAUACACUCGGGAACCUGAUAAAAAACGUAGGAAGGUGACCGACCAAGAGCAGGUUGUGUGGAGAGCCGCCCGUUCCAGUGGCGCCGCCCCCACCUACUUCCGACCAAUGGGGCGGUUUCUGGACGGAGGGUUGCUGGCCAAUAACCCGACACUGGAUGCCAUGACUGAGAUCCACCAAUACAACAAAUCCCUGAAAGCAGAGGGGCGUGGCCUGGAGGUGCAGCGUCUAGGUGUGGUGGUUUCUUUAGGGACAGGUAAGCCUCCCCAGGUAGUGGUGAACUCUGUAGACGUGUUCAGACCCUCCAACCCUCUGGAACUGGCCAAGAGCUUCGUAGGCGCCAAGGAGCUGGGCAAGAUGCUGGUGGACUGCUGUACAGACUCUGAUGGUUGUGCUGUGGACAGGGCCCGGUCCUGGUGUGAGAUGACUGAUACUGUCUACCACAGACUGAGCCCCCAGCUCUCCCAGGAGGUGAUGCUGGAUGAGGUGAGUGACGCCGUGCUGGUGGACAUGCUGUGGGAGACUCAGAUGUACCUCUACGAACAGAGGGAGAACGUCCAACUCCUGGCACAGCAACUACUCAACGGCUACUGAGGAGAGGAGAGGCAGGGAUUGGAGCAUGCUAUGGGAAUCCCAGAUGUACCUCUAUGAACAGAGGGACAUCAUACAACUACUGGCACUACAGGGGUUUGUUCAUUACGCCGAUUCUGUGGCAAAACGUUUCGUCAACAGAAGCAAAUGGAACGAAACAGGGAGUGACCUACCAAUACCUACCUACCAAUUUGUUCAGUAGAAACACAUUUUCUAUUGGGGUGUAAUCAUUGUGUAGAUGAAAAAUGUACUUGAAAAAGCUCAGAGCAAAUGUCCAUCACCUGAUGGUUUGUCAGAGAGGUAGAGGGAGACACACAGAGAGGGGAAGAGGUAGAUAGAUACACACAGAGAGAGGGAGAUAAAAGAAGAGUGACGUUUCUUCUCUUUCAAUAAGUCAGUCUAAAACCUGGGGAAAGGAAGAUUCAGCUUUGCACAACAGUCCUGAGACUGACACAGUUACAAAUUAUAUAAAAAAUAAAAAUCAGAAACAUUUAUACUGGAAAAAGAUAAGAAAUAGAGGAUUACAGUUUGUACAAUUGACCUCUUCUUGACAUAUCCUGAAGUUGUAUUUAUUUAUUGAGCUAAUCCAAAUCCUUCAAAUAAUCAGAUUUACAUUCAAUAAAACAAAUGCAGCCAUGUGAAUGAUGUGAAUCACUGUUUUGCAUCAUUAUUACCACAUACUACACCCAUAAUCCCUCAAACCGACAUCCCCAUUCAAGUCAACGAUGCCUUAAUGGGAGGGCUGGCGGGCCAUUCUGAACCUGUUCAAUAAGAAACUCUUGUUUUCGUUGCAACAUGUUCUACUAUGAUUUGCUACGGUGUGCACUAAUGAAUACGACCCGGGUCUAUCUCUUGUAACUACUUUUGUCCUAUCAUGUCUGCCGCCUUGCAGUCUUAACUCAUCUCAAUGGGUUGUGAUACUAUCUAUCUGCACUAUUUGUCUGUGUCUGAAAUGGCGCCCUGGUCAAAAGUAAGUCUACCUCGUGAAUAGGAUGGUAUUCAGACUCAAGACUUUCAGUUUUUAACUGAACUCCUCCACUUGUUUGUAUUAAUAUCCUAUGUACGGUUGUGUAUCGGCUUUAUUAUUGAUGAUGAAGUGGAUAUAUGAAUAAAAUAGUAACCUAUGGAA